AUGAUCUCAAUGCAACAUAGUUGUGCUGAAAGAGCCAGAAUUCUAACGGGUCAGACUUGUUCACUAAAUGAAGAAUUGAGACAGGUCCAGUUACUGAACGAGCAUCGUGAAAGCGAGUUUGCAAUAUGUGUUGGGCAAGAAAGUCUAGAAAUGGACCGGAAAAUAAAGGGUUAUAGAGUUCAGAAGACCUGUUCGUCACCGUCGUCAGAAGAGUUGGUAGAUAGUCAAAAGGAGAAAGGGUGUUGGCAUGCGGUAGCUAUAUUAAAGCGGAACUGUGACAAAAUCAAGAACUGUUGCCCGGCAGCAAGUCGCUGUGAAGAAAUGCUUUUGCUCAGCAAUAUAACCGAGACCGUUAGAAAAAAACAUGUUGAAAUUAAUCGAAGAACUAUUGAAUGUAAAGCAGAACUGAAGAAGAUUAUGCAACUGGAUAAAAGUUCAAAUAAGAUUUCAAUACGUUUGGCAUAUGCUAAUAACGAUGCAGACGAUCCUCUUCUCUCAGCCGUGUAUUUCCAAAACAUAGAGGAUCGUAAUACCAAAAAAGCAUUGUACUCGUACUACAAGGCGCUGUACAACAAAGCACAAGGAUUUGCAAAAAUUUUGGAAUCAGAAAAUGACAAACUGUCGACUAAAAAUGAUCACAGCGAAAAUUACAUCGCAUCGACCGCAACAGACAUUAAAGGAAAAAGCGUAAAAAGUGAUCUCACCAGUGGUCACUAUUACGAGGGUGGUGUGAGAAACCAAGGCGGAGAGAUCAAACCGCAGCCAAGUUACAUAGCAUCGGGCCUUCACUCUAUCUCGGAACCCCAGGAAGUGCUUCAGAGCGUCUCUAACCUAGAUGAAUCCGUCGAAUCAACGACACCAUCAGAAAGCACACAACAAAGUGAAGGCACGUCGGAGAGCGAUGACUAUGAAGAUUACAGUGAAGAAAAGAAGGCAGUAAUCUCAUCUACUCCCAAAAACAAUAUUGAAGACAGUCGUUCAAACGAUGAUUUUUUGAAGACAUGGAUUUCAAGCGAGUUACUUCCUACUGAAAACGAUGACUCAGUCAAGUCUAGCCCGCUUGAAAGAAUUAAACCAAAUCCAGUAAAAAGUUCCCUUCCCUCCACUGCAUUGGAUCAUAGCGCAGCAGUAAAUGAACUGAAUUCGGCUGCAACAGAAAAAACCGAAAUUAACAAGCAAAAUCAACCAGAAAAAAUGGAUAAAUACUCAACAGCAGAAAAAUAUAUUAAACAACCAGAGGAUACUUUUAGACAGCAACAAUCGCAGUAUUACUCAGUAAAUAAGGCUGUAAAAAACGAAAGCAAAAAAGAAGACCAGGAAGUCGAAACAAGCAAAAUUGACGUAAAUGAGUGGCAAAAAACUAAAGACAACUUUAUGGUAAUAAAUGCACCAAAACUAAAGACGGCAAAGGCCGUUCUGAACAUUUUAGAGAAACAGUUUGCAGAGGCAGGAAAACAUAAACCAAGUCUAGAAAAAUUUGAUAAAAUUGAGGAAGAAAUAGCUUUUAUAAGUCGGUUACGUAAAGUUUUAAAUAAAAAAACAGCAGAACACAGCAUGCGAAUAACAGAUCUGGAACCAAAAAGCAGGAUACGAGGACUGAAAAUUCAUAAAGUUGAUGCAGACACAGCCGACCCAAAACCGGACAAUAAUGAUGGUAUAUGGAAUAAAGAAUUCAUUGCGUUGGGAGAAAGGAAAAAAAUUUUUAGUAGCCCUGAAAGUUUUAACCAGGAAAUGAACAACAGAAUUACUGACGAAGCGGCAAGAGGAGAGAACCGACUGUUUGUCGAAAUUCCAAAUAAAGCCAGUCUUCAAUAUCAUCUGUUGACUGGAAGUGAGGUCGAUAACAAUGCCCCGGGACCGAUGUCAAUGUCAAUCUCUUACGCUCCAUUAAUAACCAGUACUGAAUCUUCUAGUGCGAACGGGUUGAAACAGGUGGCGAUUAACCUUGGUAAGGGAGAAGGAUCAAUAAAUAGGGAACACGUGGCUGGAGUGUCGAAAACUUACCAAACGUCUGUAAGAAUUGCAAUCAAAGACAAGAUGAUUAGUACUAAUGAAGAUUACAUUCAGGGAAGUUCUGGCGAUUACAGCAGCGAAGAACGCCAUAGGGUGUUAAGCGGUCCAGUGGCAGGUACAAUGACGUUCACAGGGAAUCAUGUCGAGGAGUCGAAAUUCAUUGAAGAAGAGGAACCAAUAGAAAUUGAAAACGACGAUACCAGAUUAGCUAAAAAACGUUUAGAAUUACUGCAAGGUCCAAAUGCGAAAUAUGCCAAAGGUGAAGGUCCAAGUGGUUACUGUGGUCUGUACACGGCUUGUAUUACUCAAAUGGAUUAUGAACAA